AUGGGAGUUUUCAGCGGCGUGAAGCCGGCCAGCAAUUUGGCACGGCCGUCCAUCUGGCAUUGGCAUGAGCCGGGAACGAGCAAGGAGGAAAAAUGGCUUAUCCGCAAGCUUGAUAUUUUUAUUCUGACUUACAGCUGUUUGUGCUUCUUCAUCAAAUACCUCGACCAAACGAAUAUCUCCAACGCCUAUGUCUCCGGCAUGAAAGAAGAGCUCGACCUAUACGGCAACGAGCUCAACCUAAUGACAACCUACUACAACAUCGGCUACAUCCUCGGCGCGCCCGCCUCCAACCUCCUCCUCACCAUCACACCCCCGCGCAUCCACCUCCCCGCCUGCCUCAUGACGUGGUCCGUCUUCGUCCUCGGCCUCUUCCGCGUGCACUCGGCCACGCAAAUCUACAUCCUGCGCUUCUUCAUCGGCGUCUUCGAGUCGGCCGCCUUGCCCGGCCUGCACUACGUCAUCGGCUCCUGGUACCGGCGGUCGGAGCUGGGGCGGCGGUCGGCGUUUUUUGUGAUCUCGGGCGUGCUGGGCCAGAUGUUCUCGGGCUACCUGCAGAGCGGGUUGUACACGGGCAUGGAUGGCCGCGGCGGGUUGAGCGCGUGGAGGUGGUUGUUUAUUUUCGAUUUCGUGCUCGCGGUGCCGGUUGUGGUGUAUGGCGUGACGUGUUUUCCGGAUACGCCGGCGACGACGAAGGCGUGGUGGUUGAAUGAUUGGGAAAAGCAGCGGGCGAGGGAGAGGAUGGAGGAGGAGGGGAGGAGUGAGGAUAGGGGGGCGAAGUUUGAUUGGACUGUUGUGAAGAGGGUGUUUGGGAGUUGGCAGCUCUACGUGUUUUGCGUGGCCUGGAGUUUCUGGUCCCUGACCUGCGGCUCAAGCGUGCAGACGUGGAUGGCACUCUGGCUGAAGUCGGAGAAGACGGCAGACGGAAAGAACAGGUACAGCGUGCCGCAGAUCAACAACAUCCCCACCGUCGUUGGCGCAGUUAACUUCUUCUUCAUGGUCGGCAGCGGCCUCGCCUCCGACAUCAUCGGCAGCCGCGCACCCGUCACCUUCUUCGUCGGCCUCCUCAUGACCUUCUGCUACGUCAUCUACGUCAUCUGGCCAACAUCAACUGGCCUGAAGAUGGCGGCCUUUUUCCUGCAAGGCUGCUACGGCUGCUUCUCGCCGCUGCUGUCGGGCUGGGUCAACAGCCUGUGCGGCGGCGACAACCAGCUGCGCGCCUUCACCAUGGCCAUGAUGAUGUCCGUCGGCCAGGCCUGCUCCACGCCCUUCUCGCAGUACCUCUUCCCGGCCUCCGACGCUCCGACUUACCGCAGCACUCACGGUUACAUCGCUGCCCUGGUCUUCGUCGUGGCGCUGACGCUGUGGUGCUCGCUCGUGUUGGGCGGGAUUGAGAGGUGGUACUACAAGAAGCAGGCGGAGGCGGCGGCGGUGGCUGAGGUCGAAGAGGGCUCGGUGGAGGAGGAGGCGGAUGUGCGGCAGAAGUCUGCUGCGCGCGAGACUGUGAGCGAAGCUUGA